AUGAAUGGUUUUUAUGCUAGCAUCGAAAAAAUGUUUGAUUUUGGCUCUGUCAAAACAGAGGUUACAGUACCUAGUAUACCAAAUGUUACUUGGCAACAUGUAUGGUCUUCUAGUGAAACACAAGUUGCUCUCUUGAAUUCACCAUUUGUUUCCAUUUCUAAUGAAAUUCUAUUACAUAUAUUUCGAUUUCUAUCCGUAAGAGAUCUAGGUAAUGUUUCAUUGGUUUGUCGAUCAUUCAAAAUGGUCGCUGAUCAAGAUGAAAUAUGGAAACCAAAAUGCAAUACAUCAGCAAAAUUAUAUUCCAAAUCAUUUAAACAAAUUUAUAUGGAUUGGAUGCAUGGAAAAUGUUUACAUAACAAACACCUACGACGUAUGGGUUUAUCUAUCAGAACUGCAUGUGUCCGAAUUUCACCUCCCGUAUUUCCUACCCGACCGACAGGAAAAUAUAAUUUUGAAUCCAUUGGUGGAUUCACUCAGCAUCCGAAUUCAUCAUCAACCAUGACGAUUGAACUAUCGGUCAACAUUGAAGAUACAGCUCGUGAACUUAUAAAACUAUUAGAAAAAGCAUCAAAGUUUCAACAACAGUGGCAACAAUCAUCUAUUUUAAAACAAAUGAUCAUAAGAUAUUAUCGUUUUAUGCAAUUGAAAGCAUCUAAUCCAUCAAAUCUUCUAUUAGUUCCUACAUUAGAUAUUGAAAUAGUUUGGCAAACUCAUUUACUUCGACCUGAAAUCUAUCAAGCUGAUUGUAUUCGUUUAUUUCGUCGAAUUAUUGAUCAUAAGUUGUUAGCUAAUGAUAUUGAAGAGUUUUUGAAAGAACAAGCAUUUCGAGAUACUUGCCAAUUAUAUGAACAAAGAUUUGGUGAACAAUAUUGUCCAUUAUCAUCAAUCUGUCACCUAAAUCAAGUUCCAUCUAAUGUUUUUCAUUAUAUUUUCGAUUCGCAUAUUAAUGAAUUAACGAAUUAUUCUUAUUGGGAUAAAACAAAUUUCGAAUUUUCGUUGGAAUCACCUAAAGAUUAUGAAAAUCCUUUUUCAUUUACAGAAGGUGAUAUCAAUUUGGAUAUGAAAUGGCUUGAUAUGUGUAAAAAAUUCAUGACGGAUGCACUACAAAAGAUGUCUGAUGGAUCUUAUUAUUCGCCACUAUCAACAGGAAUCAAUCUUGGACCAGGAGCAAUGAAAAGAUUGAAAAAAUCUUAUGAACGAUUUUUAUACAUGGCAGUUAAAUAUCCACUGAAAGAUGGUAAUGGUUUUGUACCUCCAACAUAUGCGAUUGAUAUUAUGUGGCAUGCUCAUAUGCAAGAACCAUUAAACUAUGCAGCUGAUUGUGUUCGUCUUGUUGGCUAUGUUAUUUUUCAUGAUCCAUGGCCAAUAAUUGAUGAUAGCAAUAUGAAAAAAUCAUGUGAUAAAACGGAUGAAAUUUGGAAGCAAGAAUUUGAUAGUGAUAUAACAACAGAUCAUCUUUACAAUACAAUGGAAUAG